AAUUCUAUGACUCAAAUAUAUAAAUCAGUUAGAAAUAGGGUAUAAAGAUGAAAGCAAUGGGUUUCAUCUGCAGGUGUGUGCACAAAGCCAGUGCUUUUAUUUAAUGAAAUAAAGGCGGCAGAUGAACUUUCCAAAAUUUCGAACUUACAAUUGACGCGACUCCGUUCGACUGCAGGAACUAAGAAUCACAUAUGUAAGCGGUCCCCUGUCAUGCCUUUGAUUUAAAAUACUUGCAUAUAUAAGGACAUACAUAUAUUGGAUAUCCUUCUGUUCCUGUGUUUGUACAUCAAUUAGAUGAGCCAAUAAUGGGAAUGAUAUUAACAAAAUGUUAGCAAAUUACUGAAGUGUGAGGUCUGGCCAUUAACAUUACGUAUGCCAAAUCCAGUAUCCAGUAUCGACUGCGUAACCGGUUGUGCGGAUAUGAGCAGAUGUAAUUAAGAAUUGCAGAUCAAUCACCCCAUGCUUGCGGAAAGAAGCGGACUUCCGAAAAUUCCCGGAUAAGUAUAAAAUGUGGAGUUACAAGUCAGACACAAGCAUUCUGCUGCAUCAACUCAAAAUGAGGCUUCAAAGUAUACUACUGGUCGGGCUCCUGGCGCUGAUUAUGGUUCAAUCCCAAGUACUCCUCCCGGGACUUCGCGUUCAACAGGUUCCUGUGCUUGAAAACGCCAAGAUUCGAGUGGUGCAGUACCUGGACGCGGCAUCCACAGUCACACCUGACUUGGUAAAGGAUCAAUUCAGUAGGCGAUUCACUACGCUGGCCAAACCUUUAGUUAGUGGUGCUGCACCCCAAACUCGCCUCCCAAAUUUGUAAUUUAUUAAAAGUCAUCCUGUGAUAACUUUUGGUAAGCGGUUAUAUAAACAAUAUAGGUAUCUUUAAACAUGCAUCUUCAUGUCAUUAACUUUAGUUCCUAAGCUCCUUGUAACCUACUUUAAAUUUACUCCAUUUAUUAGGAAAGAACUGAAAAGUCGUGUUAAAUUAUCAGAAAAUUACAAAAUUGGUAUCAGUUGGUAUCAAAUAAGUGUUUAUCUCGUGUUCAAGCACAGUGGGUGGUAUGCAUACACAUUUGAAUGGCGGAAUGUGUGCUAAUCCAGGAUUAGUAAGGUCUCUGAAAUACGAAGGUAAGACUUAAUAACGAUGCAAGUUGAAAUAUCUGAUACUCGCCGUAAAGCGAUUAGGUUCUUUCUAUCAUCUGCUAAGUAAUGAGAUGAAAUGGAUCUUCUUUGGGAUCAAACGCAGCCGUUCUUAUCGGAAAACGUUAUUCAAGUUUACCGAAUAAGGCACGGUGAUAAU